AUCCAGCUCCCCAUAUAGCACUCAUGUCUCCCUCCUUCCCUUCUUGACCUGAAGCAAAUACCACCGUUACUAGCUAGCUACCUUCGACGACAUGGCCAACAACGUCGAUGAGGACUUCGAGGAAGAGGAGGUUUGGGCGACUCUGGUGGAUAAUGGUAUCGAUCACCCUACUCCAAAAAACCAGCCAACGUCUCGUGCUGCUGCUAACUGGAGCCCUUCAAGUGAUGCGAGGAUGAUGAUUCCGUGUGGUAGGGGAGUACUGAGUGCUCAAAGCACUCCUCCAGUCAGCAUCCGGCCUGACUGGUCUAAGAUCCUCGAGCGCGUACAGGGAAGUACUAGUCAUGGUGAAGAAUUAGGUGGUGGAAGAAAUGACAAUGUCAGCGAUGGCGAUGAUGAUGAAGAUGAUGGGGAUCCUCCCCAUGAGUGGCUGGCCAAGAAGAUGGCCAAGACUCACAUCUCAUCCUCUGUCUGUGAAGGAUCCGGGCGGACCCUCAAGGGAAGGGAUCUAAGCAAGGUGAGGAAUGCUGUGCUCACCAAGACUGGUUUCUUAGAGGAAGAGAUAUAAUAUAGAGGUUAAACUACUUGAUCGUAUGGUACCAUAAUUAAGAACUUUGAUAUCUUAUCUUCUUCCUUGUUUUGGUUUAAUUUGUUUUGCAAAGGAGCUAGCAGUGAGAUUUUGUUCGCGUAAGGGAAUUAUCAAGGAUGUUACGCUGCUCAUAUAUAGUUGGGCUAGCUAAUUUUGUGAAAUUUUGCAUGUGAC